UCGUUGGUAUACGAGGUUUACCAGGAGUAGGAGAAUAUUUACUUUCAAAAUUGUUUCCUCCAAAACAGAAGUCCAGGAGAUUUUCUGGAAAAUUUAUUACUGCAAGAGUUUUUUCAUCCCUUAAACGUUUCUAAAAAGCCGUUUCGACGCGUAUUGAAGCUGUUUAUGGUCAACUACAAUGGCGAAACUUGUAGCGGUGUGUAGAGACGAAACUGACUUCGCAUUCGAGCGUCGACAAAUCCCUCUGAAUAUCGAGGAUACCUUAACGAUGGUGAUGGAAAUUCCAGAAACUGUGAUUUCUACUCGAGAAGUCAACGAAUACAAACUGCAGUCGUUUCACAAGCGAUUCCAAUGUCUUAGCGCCGAUGAUCUUGCGGUUGCGACGACAGUGAGACAGAAGGAUGUUUUAUCCUUCCUUUCUCAUUCUGUGCCGUGUGUUGGUUGUCGAAGAAGUACUGAGCGAUUGUACAAUCAGCUGGUGGAGUCAGGACAGCCAGCAUUGGAACCACUGAUUAUCACAAGUAGUGGAGUCUUGACAAUUGAUAGACCAUUUCUGAAUGAUCCAAAACUUGUGUAUGCACUAUUUUAUAUACAUGGAUCUAGGCUAAGUGAAAUGGUCGAUUCUAUUCCUAAGGGCAGAAGAAACAGGAGGUGCCCUUUGCAUUCACUGGAAACACACAAAUCAAGGCCAUCUGGAAGCUGGAUAGAUGUGUGGGAUUUAUUGUCACAGGAAUGUAGGGAUGAGGUGGUGCUGAUUGACUCAGAUGCUCUUCUCGACACAUUGGAAAAUUACCUCAGAAAGCAUAGGUUUUGUACAGAGUGUAAAUCAAAAGUUUUGAGGGCAUACAGUAUUCUGGCAGGGGAUUUGGAUGGGCCAAGUGAAAAAGGUUACUGUGCUGCCUUGUACGAUGGUCUCAAAAGCUGUCCUCAAGAGCGGCAUGUCCAUGUGCUGUGUGAUACAGACUACAUUGCCCAUUUAAUUGGACGGGCAGAACCAGAGCUUGCUGGAGGGAGGAGAGAAAGGCAUGCCAAGACACUGGACAUUGCCCAGGAGGAAGUGUUGACAUGUCUCGGUAUUCACCUGUGGGAAAGACUUCAUCGACUGUGGCAGAAACUAAGGGCUGAGGAGCAAACGUGGCAGAUGCUGUUUUAUUUGGGGGUUGAAGCUCUAAGGAAAAGUUUCGAGGUGGCAGUUGAAGAAAAGCAAGGCAUAUCUCGCCUGGAACAAGUUGUUGAAGAGAUUUCUGAGGCGGAGAGAGCCAAGGAGCUCAGAAGAGAGCAGAAGCGAUUGAAAAAAAAAGCGAAACGCAAAGAGAAAUGCAAAUGUCAUGCGCAAUUAACAAUCUCGACAGCGAACAAUGAACUGAAAACAGAGGAAACUGCAAAAAACGAAGAGGAAUUAGAAGAGGAAGUGGUAUGUGUGAAUGAGAACGUGGAGGAGACAGAGGAAAUGAAUGGGCAUGGAGACAGCUGCGAAGAUGAUGAAGAUGAUGGAGACAGUGGCGGGUCACCAUGCAGUUGUGAAGACUUGAGCAAUUGUGAGCGGAGAAAGAACAAAAAAUCGGGUUAUAGGAAUGGUGAUUGCGGGUACGUGGCAGAGUACACUAAAUGGUCCAGAAUGGUGCACCAGAGCGGAGACACGUGUAAUCAUGUCAACGAUUCUUCGACAAUAGGAAUAGAGGAAGAGAAUACAUGUACAGAUUGUUUAAAUGGGAGCCCAGUCAGAGGUGGCUCGCCACAGGGCAGUAAUGGAAAGGGAAGAAAGAAGAAGGGUAAAAACAAGGAGAAGAAGCAAAACUCACCGAGACAUGAAAAGCAAGAAAAGCUCGUAGAAAAUAUUGAUGAUGAAGAGAAACGGCUCUUGAAGCUAAUGGGUUGGAAGGACGGGGGAACAGAGUCAAUGGAGUGUUUUUCGUCGGAAGAAGAUCUCUGUAUAUCUGAGCAGGAAAUUCUUCGGUUCAAAGCGAACCAGUCGUCAGUAUCACAGCAGCGACGGAAGCUCCGAGAGAAACUUCGCCAACAAUUUAACAAGAUGACUCUUAAGGAGGGUCUUAACGUCGCUAUCGUUCAUUAGGCCUUGUUUACAAUGCACUCACUACAGGAGUGGGGGAAUGGGGUGAUGGAAAAUGGGCAACGAGUAGGAGGGACGGGUGGGGAAUUGGCUGUACUUGAGAGACAACUUCCUUGCUCGACCCAUCUCGGUAGAAUGUUGUUACGGGUUUCUGUAGUUACGGUUGAAGGAUUUUGUGUAUGCGUGAGUGUGUUUGUGACGUUGUUUGGUGUAUGCAAGUUUAGUUCGCGAGGUGUGCUGCGAUAUGGAAGUGCUAAUGAGGUUUUCCUUUCUUUUAAUUCUUUAUUUUAAUAUUACUCCCUGAUAACACCGUAAAUCCCGAUGUGUUUAAUGUGGAAACAAAAAUAAAUCUCUCAAAUUAGAUAGGCUGGACUCCUUACUCGGCUUAUAAAGUCUUUGUUUUUCGUCGUUUUAACUAGAAACAAAGUUUAUUUACUUGUCAAGGAAAUUUUACCCUUAAUAGACCUUUAAGUGCCAUUGUAGAAACACCAAAUGAUAACUUGUGUCUGCGGCAAAACGAAAAAUUAAUUCCAAAGACUUAAAGUUUUCAUUUAGACUCCUCUUUUGAUAGCUUUGACGCGUUCUUUCGAACUGUUUGCGAUACUUUUAAAUGACGUCCAUUGCUCAAACUCAUUGUAAGGUGAAAGUUUCAGGCGAGAUGAUUGAUGAAAUGUUGCAAGAACCUGGUGAACACCAUUCUUAGUGCGGGUUCUAUACCAGUGAAAUAAAAAAUUUCAGUUAACAGC